AGCAACCACUGCGUGUUUAUAAAGGUUAUUGUUCAUUUUCAUCUAAAAGGCUAGCAUUCGGGACACCGAUCUGUAUGCUCCAACAAACACAUCAGCCCGCAUUUUUGUUCAGAACGACAGCAACCCUGCGCAGUCCAAGACCUAAAAGUGCGAUCUGGUUUACUCUUCGGAUUCCCACCUCUAAUUCCUACGUACACCAGCGACACACAGUCAGUCAGCUGACCUGGACGCCAUUUUGUCUGCCAUUUCCUAGCCGGAUCUACUCUUAGCAUUUCUGCAGCUACGGGACAAGUCACCUAGCCUCGCCUUUCCCCAGGCCAGGACUCGAAGACGGUACCACCGGCGAGAACGCCGUCCGUGUAGGUUAGAGACUGUCCAGCGGGCCGGCUUGCCCCCGAGUAGGUAGAUACCCCCGCUUGCCGUUCCAUCCCGCAGGACAGAAGUGACACGACACACGCCCGCAGCCAUGGCUCUGAAGAUGGUUAAGGGGAGCAUCGAUCGGAUGUUCGAUAAAAACCUUCAGGACCUAGUACGUGGCAUUAGGAAUCACAAAGAAGAUGAGGCAAAAUACAUCUCCACCUGCAUUGAUGAGAUCAAGCAGGAGCUCAAGCAGGAUAACAUUGCAGUCAAGGCCAAUGCUGUCUGCAAGCUCACCUAUUUGCAGAUGCUUGGCUAUGAUGUCAGCUGGGCCGCAUUCAAUAUUGUAGAGGUCAUGAGCUCCUCCAAGUUCACAUAUAAGAGGAUCGGCUACCUGGCAGCCUCCCAGUGUUUCCACGAAGGCACUGAUGUCAUCAUGCUUACCACCAAUCAGAUUCGCAAGGAUCUCAGUAGUCCUAAUCAGUAUGAUACAGGUGUGGCACUGACUGGCCUAUCAUGUUUUGUGACUCCUGACCUUGCCCGGGACCUGGCCAAUGACAUCAUGACGCUGAUGUCCCACACAAAGCCAUACAUUCGGAAGAAGGCUGUGCUGAUCAUGUACAAGGUGUUUCUGAAGUACCCAGAAUCCCUGCGCCCUGCUUUCCCCCGCCUCAAAGAGAAACUGGAGGACCCUGACCCUGGGGUGCAGUCGGCAGCAGUGAAUGUCAUAUGUGAACUGGCACGCAGAAACCCCAAAAACUACCUGUCCUUGGCUCCCCUCUUCUUCAAGCUGAUGACUUCAUCCACCAACAACUGGGUUCUCAUCAAAAUCAUUAAGCUGUUCGGUGCUCUCACCCCCCUGGAGCCUCGUUUGGGGAAGAAGCUGAUUGAGCCACUAACGAACCUCAUUCACAGUACCUCGGCCAUGUCUCUGCUGUAUGAAUGUGUCAACACUGUGAUUGCAGUGCUGAUCUCUCUGUCUUCUGGGAUGCCAAAUCACAGUGCUAGUAUCCAGCUCUGUGUGCAGAAACUGCGAAUCCUGAUUGAAGACUCGGACCAGAACUUGAAGUAUCUGGGCCUGCUGGCCAUGUCGAAGAUCCUGAAGACUCACCCCAAGUCCGUGCAGUCCCACAAGGAUCUCAUUCUGCAGUGUCUGGACGACAAAGACGAGUCCAUCCGCUUGAGGGCUCUGGACCUGCUGUACGGCAUGGUGUCCAAGAAGAACCUCAUGGAGAUAGUGAAGAAACUGAUGUUGCAUGUGGACAAGGCAGAGGGAACCACAUACCGUGAUGAGCUGCUGACCAAGAUCAUUGACAUCUGCAGCCAAAGCAAUUACCAGUACAUCACCAACUUUGAAUGGUACAUCAGUAUCCUGGUGGAGCUGACCCGGCUGGAGGGCACGCGGCACGGCCACCUCAUCGCGUCCCAGAUGCUGGACGUGGCCAUCCGUGUCAAGGCCAUACGCGGCUUUGCCGUGGCGCAGAUGGCCACGCUGCUGGACAACGCCCAUCUGUUGACCGGCAACACGCAGCGCAACGGCAUCUGUGAGGUGCUGUACGCCGCGGCCUGGAUCUGUGGCGAGUUCUCCGAACACCUGGAGGACCCCACGCAGACGCUGGAGGCCAUGCUGCGGCCCAAGGUGGCCACCCUGCCAGGCCACAUCCAGGCUGUCUACGUGCAAAAUGCUGCCAAGCUGUUUGCCACCAUCCUGCGUGGCCAGGAGGGGGCGCCAGACAGCCAAGCCGCACAGGAGACCAGCCAGCUGCUGAUCGACAGACUGCCGCUCUUUGUCCAGAGUGCCAACCUGGAGGUGCAGGAGAGGGCCUCAUGUAUCCUGCAGCUGGUGAAGUAUGUGCAGAAGCUGCAGCAGAAGGAGGUGGAGGUGGCGGAGGAGGUGACGGCUCUGUUCGCUGGGGAGCUCAACCCGGUGGCCCCCAAAGCGCAGAAGAAAGUGCCCGUGCCUGAGGGGCUGGAUCUGGAUGCCUGGAUCAAUGAGCCCCCGUCAGAGAGCGAGUCUGAGGACGAGAAGCCCCGAGCCGUGUUCACCGAGGAGGAGCCCCGCCACUCACGCCCGCGCCACACGGAUGUGGACGAGAAGGAGCUGGCCAGGCGGCGGGAGGCCCGGAAGCAGGAACAGGCCAACAACCCCUUUUAUAUCAAAGCCUCCCCAUCCUCCCAGAAGGUGUAUCAGGACACCCCAGGUGUGGAGCACAUUCCUGUCGUGCAGAUUGACCUCAGCGUGCCUCUCAAAGUCCCAGGGAUGCCCAUGUCAGACCAGUACCUGAAGCUGGAGGAGGAGCGGAGGCAGAAGGAGAGAGCAGAGAAGAAGAAGAAGGAGAAGAAGAAGAAGAGGGAGAAGCGAGGCAAGGGAAGGAAGGCGGACUCGGGCCCCGAGAGCGAGGAGGACAUAACCCCCGCGCACAUGGUGGACAUCGUCACUGAGGAGAUGCCAGAGAAUGCCUUACCCAGUGAUGAUGACGACAAGGACCCCAACGACCCGCACAAAGCUCUGGAUAUCGACCUGGACAAUCUGGUCUUGGGAGCUGCACGCAGGCCUCUGGCGGACAGUGAGAAACUGCCGGUCAGGACGCACCGGCCCACGGAUGUCCUCAAAAGCCCGGGGGAAGAUGGUGAGGGGGCAUCUCAGGAGCUUAAGAAGAAGAGCAAGAAGGAGAAGGAGAAAAAGAAGGACAAAGAGAGGAAGAAGAGUAAAGAGGAAAAGAAAAAGAAGAAGCACAAACAGGAGAAAGAGGAGGAGCCAGUGGACUCACUACCAGAGGAACCUGUCAAAUCAGCGGAGAACAAUGAGGUGGCCGCCCCUCCAGCCACCACGUCUGCGGAGGCUUCAGAUCUGGAUUUCUGGCUGUCCAGUGCACCAGUGUCCUCUAACACUCAGGAGGCGCCAAAGGCAGCCGCUGAACCUGCCGCUGAACCUGCCCCUGAUGCAGCCGCGGCAUCUGAACCGGAGGAGCCCAAAGAUGCAGAGCCAGAGGAAGCUAAAUCCUCCAAACACAAGAAGAAGAAACAAAAAAAGGAGAAGGAAGAGAAAGAGAAGAAGAAGAAGAAGAAGCACCACCACCAUCACCACGAAGACGUGAGCGGAGACGAGUCUGUGCAGAACGGCACAGUUGAGGAGGAAGAGCCGCUGCCGCCCAUGUCCAACUACUGCCUGCUGGCUGAGAACUCUUACAUCAAGAUGGUGUAUGACAUCCAGGGUAAUCUGCAGGAUGGCAGUCAGGUUGUGGUGUCUGUCAUUUUUGAAAACAAGAGCAGCAGCUUCCUCAAGUCCAUGGAGUUUAACGUGCUGGACUCCCUCAACUCCAAACUACAAAGGCCGGAAGGGUCAGGCCCCCACGAUGGCCUCGCUGUCCCCUUCCAGCUGCCUCCUGGGGUCUCAAACGAGGCGCGGUUCGUCUUCUCUGUGCAGAGCAUCGUCAUGCCACAGAAGCUGAAGGGAACCCUCACCUUCAUUGUCAAGUCUGAAGACUCCUCUACUCAUGAGAAACUGGACUUUAAACUGCACUUUACCUGCACUUCAUACCUGAUCACCACUCCCUGCUACAGCGAUGCAUAUGCCAAGCUGCUGGAAUCCGGGGAUCUGAAGGGGAGCUCCGUGCGACUGGAGGGAGUCAGCAUGCCCUUCCACCACCUGCUCGCCAGGAUCUGCUUCCACCACCACUUCUCUGUUGUGGAGAGGAUCGACUCCUGUGCCUCAAUGUACAGCAGGUCAAUCCAAGGUCACCAUGUCUGUCUGCUGGUCAAAACAACUGAUCAGACAGUGUCGAUUGAUGCUAAGUGUGACGAACCGUCGCUACUGGGGAAUGUGCUGGAUGAGAUCAAGCAGACCUUCUCUCAGUGCUGAUUGAGUCUUAAACACACACAUGCACACACCACACACAACACACACACACACGCAAAUCACAUGACAAUGACCAAGGCUGGUACACCCCCAAUUCUCCCAAUUUAUUUUUCUUUGUUUCUCAUGAUCUGUGAAUCCCAACUUCCUCUGUCAACUUGUCACUAUCCCAUUCAUGCUCUUAAAUCUUUCUCUUGCACUUUUAAACCUUUAUUUGCUGUGAUUCCACCUCUCAUUCUUGCCACGAGUUUUCCCCACCUUUCUCUUUAUAUCCUCUCCAUUCAUUCCUCAGUGUCCUAUUUUCUUUUAUCUCAAUGCUGUAGUUUUUCCUGAUUACACCUCUUGUACUUCCCUCUCUAACUGGUUCUUCCUCACGUUAGCUAAUAUCAUUAUUUAACCCCAUCCUAUUGAAACUGGACUUUUGUUUUCAUUUGAAUCUUAUUGUUAUUCUUUAUGUGGUUUUGUUUGUCAAAGUUAUGUUCUGUUUUUAAGCCCAUCUGCCUUUUUCCCUCCGUGUUCAGUGUCACUGUGUGUUCACUGCUCCCUUCUAGACUGACUCCUGUGCCAUCCCAUUGCAAACUGACCCAGCCGGAGUCAGUUCGGCUCUUACCUGCCCUCUCUGACUGCUGGUCAGAUGUGGUCUCCAGAGACCAGAUUCUCACUGCUAGCCUCCGUCUCUCCUGCUCCUUGCUCACGAUGCGCUCCUUGUGAAUUUGACUGAAUAGCUGUAACAUAUCAGUCCCUCCAAGAAUUAAAGGCAUUUACAUUGCUCAUCUGAUUUGGAAAUAUUUUGAAGAGCUUUAUUGAAACCGGAAGGCAGAAUAGGUACUCAAGGCAACAGAGGGGUGGGACCAGGUGUAAGAAGUGAUGGACUAUUUCCAUACUUGUCUGUUAAAUUCUCCAAAAGCUCUAUGCUGCUGCAGUAUUGUGAAGUAAAUGGUUUAUCUCGGAGAGGCUAGCUUAUGAGGUAGAAUAGAAUUAUCUUUGCUACAGUGUGGGGUAUCUCCAAUGUGCACGGGGUGAUAGACCUGUAUCUAUUGCUGAUAUUCUGAGCACCAGCAGGCUGGAUCUGGCAUGUCUCGUCUAGAGCAUGCAUGCCGGAUACUGCGGUUUGUGAUGGAAUUGAGUGGAGUCGCUCGUGCUGCCUGCUUUCUGCUUCUCUGCUCUGCUCCUACAUCUCCUGUGGACGGUUAUGGCUGAUCCAGUCCAUUGCUGACUUGCCACAGCCAAUCAGAUGCCUAAUUAUAGUUUUUUUUUUAUUAGCUUUGCUGGUGCAGAGGCCCACAUAUCAAGUCUCUCUUCCUCUACAUACAGUUGGUGACUAAAAUUCGGCCUUUGGCUUUGAGUGGAUGAAAGGCACAAUUCAGGGAGGGAUAGUAAGUGGAGUUGUUCAGAGGUGAACAACUGAAGCUGGGAGAGACUUGGGGGAUGUCCUGGUCAUUUGUGGAGAACUUACAUAGACAUAACUGACUCUGAUGCCCAUGGAGCCAUUAGUGUCAGGUUGAGAUUAGAGCAAGAUUAUGUCUUUGUAAUCAGUAUUAUGCUGUAUCCCUCCUCAGUUACAUUCCUGCCCUGGU